ACUUCAAGUGAUCGAAUUGCGCUGUCGCGUCCUUUGACACGCUUAACCGUUUAUGAAAACGAUUUCGCUACAUUUUUGCUAACAUUUUGAUUGUUUUACCAUGCCAAAUAUUUACAAGAAAUUCAGAAAGUUACGUCGAAGGCGAUAUAUUCGCACUUAGUAAUAAUUAUAAAGUGAAAGUGUGUGAACUCCAGAAACUAAGAUAGUGCCGUGUAUCCAUCACAUAUAUUUGCUUUAUUGAUAUUUUGAGUGUCACAGGCCUUGUGGUGCCUAUGCAUAUCUUGAGAAUUUGGACGGUGUUCUAGAUUAUUUUAAGGAUAUUAAAUUUCUCAUAUUUGGUUGAAUCAUUUAGCAAACAUGUCAGAAAUAGUUUACCCACAAGGGUGUAGGUCUGUUACGGAAGAUCUUGGUCCAGAUGAACUUAUUAGAAGAUUAAAGACAUUAGCCCAUACAUUGCAAGCAAUGGGCCAAGAUGAAGGAAUGUAUCAACAAUAUAUACCACUUGCAUUACAUUUAGCAGAAGAACAUUUUUUAAUGCAUCAAAGUAAAGAUGUACAACUUCUCAUUGCUUGUUGUAUUGCUGAUGUUUUAAGGGUUUAUGCUCCAGAAGCACCAUAUAAAGAUGCAGAACAGGUUAAAACGAUAUUUUUAUUUCUUAUUAAACAAUUAGCUGGUUUAAAAGAUCCCAAAGAUCCUGCUUUUAAAAGAUAUUUUUAUCUUUUGGAAAACUUGGCAUAUGUGAAAUCAUUCAAUAUGUGUUUUGAAUUAGAGGAUUGUCAAGAAAUCUUUUGUGCACUUUUUUCUCUUAUGUUUAGGAUAGUGAACGAUGAACAUUCUGGAAAAGUCAAGAGUUUUAUGUUAGAUGUAUUGUGUCCACUUAUUACAGAAUCAGAUAUUGUUAGCAAUGAACUUUUAGACAUCAUACUUAUGAAUAUUGUAGAACCAAACAAAACACAGAAAAAAAAUGCAUAUUUACUUGCAAAAGAAUUAGUGAUUAAAUGUAGCGAUACAUUAGAACCAUAUAUUCAAGCAUUCUUUAACCACGUAUUAAUCUUGGGCAAAGAAGAAAAGAGCUUACAAAUUUGCAAGAAAGUAUAUGAUUUAAUUUAUGAAUUGAAUCAUAUAUGUCCAAGCGUCUUGUUGUCCGUCCUACCACAAUUAGAAUGUAAAUUAAAAUCUUCCUCUGAAACUGAAAGAUUGGGUGCUGUAGCAUUGUUAGCAAGAAUGUUUUCUGAAAAAGGAUCUCAGUUAGCUGUGCAACAUACGCAAUUGUGGCGUGCAUUUUUAGGAAGGUUUAAUGACAUCAGUGUAUCAAUUCGUAUCAAAUGUGUGCAGUAUUCAAUGCAUUUUUUAUUAAAUCAUCCUGAAUUGAGAAAAGAUAUUACCGAUACUUUAAAAUUAAGACAACAUGAUGCAGAUGAAAGUGUUCGAUAUGAAGUUGUUAUGGCUAUAGUAACCACUGCCAGAAGAGAUUUUGAAGUGGUGUCAGAUAGUGAAGAUUUGUUAGAAUUCGUUAAAGAAAGAACAUUAGAUAAAAAAUUUAAAAUCAGGAAAGAAGCGAUGGCAGGAUUAGCAAUGAUAUAUAAAAAACAUUUAAAUGAUGCGGAUGUACCGCAAGCUACAAAAAAGGCUGUUACUUGGAUAAAAGAUAAAAUAUUACAUGGUUAUUAUAUGGCAGGCAUGGAAGAUAGAUUACUAGUAGAAAGAUUAUUAAAUACUUGUUUAGUACCUUAUCAAUUACCAGCUGGAGAAAGAAUGAAAAAAUUAUAUCAUUUAUUAGGUACAAUUGAUGAUCAUGCAUCUAAAGCAUUUGUAGAACUGCAAAAACAUCAACUUGCUGUACGGAGAGCAGUGGUUGAAUGGUUAGAGAUUGUAAAAAAACCAGAUGCUAUGGUAGAACUCGUAGCUAAAAUUCAUCAAAUAUCUCGCUUUUUACCCGAUCCUAUGAAAGUACAAGAAUUUUUACAGAAGUUUAGUGCUCAUAUGAGAAAAGAUUCAGCAUUAUUACAAGGAAUGGAAACAAUAGUUCAACCAAAUGUUUCUUGCAAAGAAUGUGCAGAUACAAUAAGUAUGGUUCUUAAAAAAUUAGGUCAACCUGUCAUGACAAAUUUAUAUUACAAUACAAUAAAAAUGUUGUUAGAAAGAGUGAGUUCUGUAAUGAUUGAUGAAGAAGCAAUUAGGGUUUUAAUUGGAUAUGUAUUAGAUUGUUUAAAAGGGGGUAAUGUAAUAGAAGAAGUUGGACUUAAUCCAAAUAAUGCAGGUGAAAAGGGUCUAAGGUUACUUGUGAUGCUUUCAUUUGUAUUUGGUCCACAUUUUCUUCAUAACGAUAUAUUAAUGCAACUUGUUCAUCUUUUGGAAUUAGAAGAUGAGAUGGUAGCUCCAUUGGUUCUUUCGAUUUUUACAUUUUUAGGAAAAUAUAAACCUUUAUGUGAUGUUGCACCAGAUAUUAUGAACCUCAUGGUUCCAAUAUGUAAAAAUUUUGCAGAAACAGGAACACCAAAACAAGCAAAACAAGCUGUAAGGUGUUUAUUUGUUAAUAUGACCAAUAUCCAUGAUACAAUUUUUCCUGAAAUUAUUGAAAGAAUUAAGAAUAAUCUUGCACCAACUUCAGAAUAUUAUCGAACAUCUAUAGUUACAUUAGGUCAUAUAGCUUAUAAUUUACCAGAAAAAUAUCAAGUACAAAUAAAAAAUAUGGUGUCUAGAAAGAUAGUCAAGGAGUUAUUAGUAAAAGAAAGCAGUGAACAAACUGCUGACACCAUUGAAGGAGAUUGGUGCAGAGAAGAUCAAUUACCUGAAGAAACACGUUGUAGAUUAGAAGGAUUAAAAUGUAUGGCACGUUGGUUAUUAGGAUUGAAGACUGAUGUGCUUUCUGCACAGAAAACAUUUAGAAUGCUGAAUGCAUUUGUAGUAAACAAGGGAGAUCUUUUACAGCAAGGUCGUCUAAGUAAAGCAGAAAUGAGUUGGUUACGGUUACAAGCUGGUUGUUCAAUGCUGAAAAUUUGUGAACAAAAAGGUGUUGGUGAUCAAUUUACAGCAGAACAAUUCUAUAAUUUGUCUCAACUUAUGGUGGAUGAAGUUCCACAAGUAAGAGAAGCUUUCGGUAGUAAAUUACAUAAAGGACUUGGAAGAGGAAUUCCAAAUAAAUGUUUACCAUUGGAUUUUAUGGGCUAUUAUGCUCUUGCUGGCAAAGAACAAGACAAAAGAUUAAAAUGUGUCCUAAAAACUUAUAUGCAAACUGAUAUAAACAAAAGGAGGGAUUAUGUUAAGACAUUGUCAUUGGGUACUGUGGAACGGGCCAUGGGUAAGAAACUAAAUAGUCAAUUGCCUCAUAUUCUUCCUGAUUAUAUGCUAGUAUUUGCAGUCCCUAUUCUUGCACAUGAUCCUGAAUUCACCAGUCAUUUAAUGAUUAAUCAGUUAAAAGUGAUACAACAAUGUUUAUGGUUUAUAUUAGAACCUCUUAUAACAAAAAACGAAUAUUACUGUUAUGGUUUUUAUAAAAAUCUUAUAGAACGAAUGAAAAGUCAUAAAGAUGCUUUAAAACCAGAAGAUAAUAACAUGAAUUAUAAAUUAUGGGCUGUUUGUGAUUUGGCCAUGAAUGUGAUAUAUACAAAAACAACAAAUUUUGAUAUGAAAGAAUUCCCAAGUGAAACACGAAUUCCUACUAUGUAUUUCAAACGAGCAGAUGAAUUACUAGCCAACACUAGGAAUUAUUUACCAGCUGAAAUGCAAAUAAAUAUGUCGAGUCCUAAAGGGAAAGGUUCACUUCAUAAUGCACAUUCUGUUAGUGAAAGACCACAACGUAGAGCUAAGUCCAAACAACAAAAAGAAGUAGGCAUUGGGCCAAAUGAAACUGAUGCAAGGCUGCAAAUUGGAGAAGUGGAAUGUAUUGACGCACAGCCAGCAGAAGCAUCAGAAACUAGAAUUCAAUUACCUGGUUUAGAGGAAGAAAUUGAAGAACCACCAGCAAAGAGGGCAUUAAGAGAAUCAGAUAAAGUAAAUAAAUAAUUAAGUGAAUGAACAUUCAAAGGGAUGUUAAGAAUAGGGGAAAGACUUAAGAGGAACGUGAUGAUCAUAAGAAUUAAAGAAUCUAAAAAUACUUUACAAAUUAGAAAACAGAAUAUUUUGGUUAUGUACAACAAUUAAUAAACCUGUCGUUCGCGUAUGUCUAGACAGUAAGAUGUUAAGAUAAUGAUACAUUAACGUCAAAUAAUAUAUGUAAGCUUACAAGUCAAAAAAUUUUGUGGAGAUGCAUUGCAUUUGCAAGAAAAUUAAAAAUUUAGUAUUUGACUAUUUGAAAGAUGUAUUUGUUUUAAUUACGAAAAAAAACACGAACUUGUUUUUUUUUUAAUUUCACUAUAUGUUAAGAAAACAAUGGCACAUUCAAUGAUACAAAAAAGUAUCAUCUUUAAAACUUGGUAAUAUGUGUAACUAUCAUCUUUUUUACAUAAGUCAUUAUGAAUGUUUCCCAAUUGAAGGUCUUUCUUCCUUGUGAAAUAUCUGACAAUUGUUGUAUUGUUCACUUUUGCAUUGAUGAAUACAAGUGUUUAUACUA